AUGGCCAGCCCGCUUCAGCUCAAAGUCAUCCCCGCAUCGGCGGCUCACACGCACACCGUCGUCUUCCUCCACGGCCGCGGCGACAACACGACCAACUUUGUCGCCGCCCUUGGCCAUUUUCGCGACUCCCAUGGUCGCAACCUCGCCGACAACUUUCCGUCCUUUCGAUGGGUGUUUCCGCAGGCGCCCACGCGCAAGUGCUUCGCCAUCCCCGAAAGCUGGCCCCAGUGGUUCGACGUCUGGGACCCGCGCGACUUUGCCGAGCGGGAGGAGCUGCAACUCGAGGGGCUGAAAGAGGUGGUGCCCCAGAUUCGGGACCUGCUGGCCGACGAGGCGGCAACGUUGGGCGGCCGCUGGGACAAGGUCAUCAUUGCCGGCAUCAGCAUGGGCGGCGCGACGAGCGUGCAUACGCUGUUCAACCUCAAGGUGCCGACACCAGAGGGCCGUCUGGGUGCAUUUUUGGGCUUCUCGGCGCGCUGUCCCUUUGCAGGGCGCGGGCUAGAGGGUAUGCGCCAGGUGUUGGGGCUGAGCAAUGUGCCGGAUGACAACAAAUUGCUGGCCAACACGCCGAUUCUGCUGGAGCACUGCGUGGAUGACCCUCUUGUGCGCAUCCAGAAUGGACGAGGACUCCGGGACGUGCUCACAUCUUUUGGAGCCAAAGUGACUUGGAAAGAGUACCCAGACGGAGGGCACUGGUUCAACUCUCCGUCGGGAGCGGACGAUGUUGUCGCAUUUCUCCAAAUGGUGCUACAGUAA